GUUUACUGGUAGGUGCGGCGAAUAUCAUGGCCGUAUUAGAGAGAAUUAUUCCUCUGUUUCUCACUGUUUGUGCAACAGUAAAGGCUCAAGGUAAGUUUGAAUCUGUUUUAAGAACCCUAAAAAAUUCAAUGGUAGCUAUGAAGGAACUUUUACUUGUCAUGCAAGAGCUUCCGAAACAAAUCUUAUUGUGCAAAUGAAACUUGAGAGGAAAGCGAAAAAAACAUGCCGGUUAACUGUUUGUGAAUUUAUAUUUGUGCAUUCACCUUACAGUCGGUUGAAACCUUUGAAGAAAACCUAAGCUUUCGUGGAGAUGGUUUACGAUCUCAUAUAAAUCCUUAUUUUAGAAUUUCUUCGAAGCUUUUUAAGCGUUUAACUCUCGUAUUGUACGAAUAAAUUUCGAACUCUCAAUGCAAAUUAUGAGCUUCUUGCGGCGAAAACAUCUCGGGUUUUUUUGUGGUUACAAAUGAAAGGCGGUGUCUUGAAUCUUCGAUGUUGGUUUUGAAGUUUACAAUCAGAAAUUUUCGAUAAUUCUGGAAUCAUCUCAAGUCAAGGAUGAACUGAUCAGAAAAUCUAAAAGCGUGACUGAGUAUUCAACACCAGAGAAUUAUGUUGUUUGUUCCACAGAAUUUAGCUCUUUGGCCUUUCGAUUGUUUUCAAGAGUUGCCGAUGAAAGAUAUGUGAUGUCGAAUGUGUUAAAUUAUUUUUGACUAGUGUUUUUUAUUUACUAGGUAUUUCUACGUCAUCACAAAAAUUUUAAGAUAUAUUAUUUAAAAAUCACGUUUUUCGCUGAGCUUGAAUUCCGAGAUUGAUAUUUUUUGACAAAGUGUUGCUAUUGUUUAGCUCAAACUUUUCCUCUUUUGAUGUUUUGAAAUACAUGCUUGCAAUGUGGCAAGGACGAUUUUGAAAAUUUAUUAUGAAAAUGACACAAUCUGUGAUGUUGCUGUUACCGGAUCUGUGUUUGGGCAGUUACUAGAUAACAACAAUACUUGGUUAUGGAAUGAUCUAGUAAUUUUUGUGCGCGUGGUCCGGACUUUUAAUUCUUUAACAUGUAAUAACAUACAUGAGAAAAUUACUCGGUUCUGAUUGGUUUUCAGGUAAUUCAAUGCAAAAAAGUCACAAACCAGACUGAACAAUUCCUUGAACUGUUAAGCCUGACUUUGAACUUUUUUGUACCUUAAUGAUGUGAAAAUAUCUUUGUAUAUUAAUAUUUUGAUUGUAUGCGGUUGUUUUGACUGAAUGCACGAUGUUAUUUGCAGGGUUUGAAUAAAUUAUUUUUGCACUUGAUGCAAGCACCUUGCUUCUGCAUAAUGUUGAUAAGCUAUGUCAUAUUUUUUCAUGUAUAUUAUGAAUAUGUAAUCACAUGAUUUUCUUGUGCUAUUUGGAAUAAAUAAGCACUAGUGAAUUUUUUCAAAUACCACAAAUUGCACUCACCCUAUGGACUUGUGCAAUUUUGUUAGUCUUUGAAAAAAUUUACUUGUGCUUAUUUAUUCCAAAUUGCACUUGAAAUCAUGUGAUUACCUAUACUAAUAUGUGUAAUAUAUCAAUGUAAAUUACCAAGACAGAUCUAAGCACUUUGGCUUAACCCUUUAGCCCCUAAGAGUGACUAGUGUCUAAUUUCUCCUUACUAUUUCACCCAUGAAUCAAACAUGAAAGUUAUGAGAAUAGAGGAAAUGAUCACCAACUAAAGCAGCUCUUGACUGUUACACAAAUUCUCCCUGUCAGUCUCUCUGUGAAUGUAUGUAGAACAGUGCGGAGAAUAUGCAUACUGAUGUUAGGGGGUGAAGGGUUAAUACUUUACAUAUCAAGGAGAGACAGCAUAGGUUAAGUCACAUUGUGUGUUACAUCUUUGGAAGGUAUGAGUAAAAAUCCAUUACGGCUUCAAAUUAACAUCUGUCAUCCCAUGCAGAAUAGUGCAUUAAUCUCUCAUAUGUAGUUGUUUUUUUUGGCAUCCCUGCAACCUUUUGAGUAAUGUCAGUGUGGAUCUCUUUCUUAGGAGGAGGUGCUUUAGAUAUUAGAUAUUAGUAUAUGAGCAUUUUCAGAAGUUUAAUGGAUAUAAAUCAUUCUUUUUUUUCUUUUAGGGGAACCACCAUUUGGAAUUGUACAACCUUUUCCAGAGAACAUCUACCCCCUUGAGUUCACGCGUGCCAAUGUUACUUGUAUUGCAUUUGAUGCAACUGGUGCACAAGAACCAAAAAAUAUAACAUUUUAUCGAAGAGAUGACCUUAAUCAAUAUAGGGAAGUAACUGGUGAUGAGUACUUGUUCUCAAGCAAAACAGAAUAUGUAGGUGAGUACAUAUUUGUAUUACAGUUAAUGCAUCUAGCACCUAAAAAAGAAAACAACAACCUCUUAAUUCCAAACUUUACUCCCAAAACAGGAUUCUUACACUUUUGGGCUUAUUGUGUUAUAAGUCAUAACAGUGAAAUUCCAUUUGAGGCGAGGGUGAUAUAUGGGGAAUAAUACAUGGGCGUGUGUAGAUAUGGAAUUUCUCUUUGAGUGUUUAACUUGAUUGCUCAUGAGUGAGCGCAGCGAGUGAGAUGUCGAGUUGAACACGAGAAGAAAAAUUUCAUAUCUACAAGGAACUGUGUAUUAUUUUGUUUAUCAUAUAAACACAAUAGCCCUUUACUGAGAAGAAAAGCCAACUUCAUCAAAGUAUGAAAAUAAAUGAAUCAACAAUCCUCAAAUAACAAUCACAGAGUGCAUUGGUGCUAAUUCUUAAGAUGGAAAAAUGUGUUGAAUCACGAUUACAAAAACAACAAUGGUGGUAAUUUUCAAUUUACAAAAUUCUCAUUUAUUGACUUUGUCCUUACUGACAGAGAGAUUUAAAGUUUUAUAUUUUCAUAAUUAUAUGUGAUGCAUUAAUUUUUCUUAAAUUUGUGCCUGAAACUGAAUCAGAACCUCCCCUAAUCCUCUGUCCUUAUUGCUACCCUCAGUCCUGGACAAAGCCAUAUCCUUCUCUCCCUGCUAACAAGUUAAGUGUUUUCUUAGGUGUACGUAAAAUAAAAAAAUUGUUUACUACCAUGACUUGGAAGAAUAUAACAAGAGAAGAUGACAGUCAGAACAGUCAACUUGGAAGCUAUGAGUGCCAUGCUUUUGCAGUAGAUAAGAGCGUAACAGCAAAGAGGCAUGGCUUUAGUGUCAGUGUUAUUACAGGUAAGUCUGUUUACAUUUCAUGGGGAGUUUCGUUACCUUAUAGUCUUACCCUAAAAAUAAGUGCAUGUGUCUAGUCUAUUUAUCCUUUCUGUCAAGUAGUUUUGAUGGGUAACAAUAAACUGUCAGGAAACAGGGGGAAUACUUGGAGGGGGGUUAACUCUUCUAAAGACUUGCGAAUUAUUGAGGGGGAAGUAGCAUGACUGCUUUUUGCUCUAUGCCACUGAGAAUAGGAUGGGCAGUAACAGUGUGGCUACUUUCAGUAGCUCAAAGUCUGUGAGCAUCCAGCAUACAUGUAGUGUAAGUGGUUAAUAAUUAUCAAGAUUUAUGCCCUCAUCUCAAAUUGUAAAGUUGUAGCUAUUUUUACAUAACGAUUCACAGGUACAGUAGCAAAGUACCUCUAUAAACCAAGUGGAUCUCCACUCCAACAGAGAAAAAAGAUUAUUUCUAAUAAACAGAAAAAUCCACCCCAUCCUGUUACUUGAGCACUAUAAACAAGAUGGCCAAUAAACCUUGCUUAAUGGUUUACACAAUUUUGCAUUUCAGAAAGUGAAAUCCCAAAAGUGAAUGUCCCAGACUCCAUUCUACUUGAUCCAGGUGAUAACAUCAAAAUCUUCUGCAACCUUACUGAAAGAGGAAACCAAUACAGCACCCCACUGAAGAGGAUUUCCUGGUAUAAGGAUGGGAGGUUGUUGGAGAGUGUGCGGAAUCCAGAUCCAGAUGCAGAGCAGCAAAAUGAUUUUUUACCCCCACUGGAGCUUGAAAAUGUUGAUUUCCAAGAUGGGGGAACAUACACCUGUAGUUUGGUAGUAAAGUUAAGGAACAUCAAGGAGUACAUUGUUAAAGAUACCACAGUAUUAAAGAGUAAGUACAAUACACAAUUGUGCUGAUAGAAAUUUUUUUUUUGCUUGAAGAAAUUCUCUUGAAAAAGCUACAGUGGUUGUUCAUUAUGUAGGGGUACUUAUUAAUAAGAACCUUGGGUACACUGCUCAAAAGUCUAGUUAAUAAAACCCUUUCACUCCUAAGAUCUCAUGAGUAAUUCUUGUUACUGUCUGUAAUUAAUUUUUUAUGGUGUUAUUUCAGUUAAUUUAACUAAAAUCCCAUAAUUGAAAUAUUUCUGUAUUGUCAUUACCUGUCUGCCUCAUACUUUAUUGAUAAUGCAAUAAGAAAGGCUGUCUUGGUCACUUGCUACCAGACAAUUGAUGUGAUUAAAGAUGACUAUCCAUUAGAGGAUUAUCAGUUGAUCCAAUACCAAAUUCUCUAUAUUUACAUCAUAAGAAUUGUAUGGCAGACAGUCAAGGGAAUUACCAAUGACUUCUUGGGAGUGAAAGGGAAUCAGCCGAUUUAAGAACCUACAGGGCCCAUCAUUCAAAAGUCCAGGUAACUCAAAGGGGCCCAAAAUUUUUAAAAUUUGAAUGAAAAGACUACAGUGCAGAAGUGUAGAUGUUCACUCAAAAACCAGACUUUUCUUUUUCUUUUGUUUUUAUUUCCAUUGUUUUCAGUUUCAAUACCUGAAUAAGCUGUAGCUUGAUCUUGAAAGUAAAACAAAAAAAAAAAAAGUUGGGCCAAUGUUGUUGUUGUUGUCGUUAUUGUUUUUUUUUUCAAUAGUGUCUACUUUUACUGACAAGCUGGCAGGCAUUCAUUCACUCCUGCAACAUUCUGACCACCAAAAGCCAUACCAUUAUUAAAAAACUUAAUACCAAAGGAUGAAAACAGUUUUAUAUUCCUGGAAAUGCCAAAAUCUGAUCAGUAGUGUAAAUCUCUUAUCUUUCUGCCAUACUUGUCCCUGUUAGCUAGUUGAGAGAAUUUGUUGGUAGAUGUGAGUGUAAAAAAGCAUGUAAGCUGAUAAGUCGAUGUUGAUGAACCUAGUUGACCCAGGAUUUUUCCUUGUUGAACACUUGUGACAAGAUUAAAAAAAACAUCUCUCUUCAAGGUCAUGUACUCUUUCAAGUACAUACUGUAAGGGAGGUAUUUUGUCAUUUUUGACAUUUUUCUUUGGUGCAUGAGAGAGAGUUAAUUCAGUUUCAUAGAUCAGAGAAUUUUUAGGUUACUGUGCAUAGUUUCCAGGUGAAAUUUCAAUGACCCAAACUACAAUGUUCUUGUAUUCUUAUUGAGGAGUGACAAAUCUUUUCUCUCUUUUUUUAAUGGGCAAAGAGAGUGGUUAACAUACAUGUACAGUACAAAGUGCAUGUUGUGUCAUAAUUCAAAGAUUGCAUUUAUUUAUGUAUUUGCACACUUCAAGUGUUUUAAUGGGUCAUUGCCUGUGUGAAAUAUUCUAGUUGCUCCCAGGCUUACAAAGCCAAAGGAAGACAUUGAAAAGGUGGCAUUUAAAGGAGACGAUGUAUCAUUUGAGUGUGCUGCAAAAGGAUAUCCUUUAGUGGUGGAAUGGAAAGUGAAGAGGAAGAAUGAAGAAACUGUUGAGGCUUGUAUAAGUAAGUUUUGUAGAAUGAUACUCUUUUUAUUCUAGGCCCCUAAAAACAAUUCAGUUAAGUUUUCCUUGAUUAAUCAUCAACUGCCCUUAUUUAACAAUAAUUUGCCAAAGGGGAAGAGAAUAAUUAUGAUUGAAUAAUCAGCUCAAAAAGUAUUCUAUCGCAUUUAACACUUCCUUGGAAACAUUGACAAAAAGUGAGCUGACUAUUGCAAGAUAUGAGAAAUUCCCAACCAAUCAGAGUGUGCACAUCUCUAUAAUAACCUGAGCAAUUAUACUGACAAUUAGUAGCAUAUACUGAAACAGUGAAUACCAGUGAAGUAGUGCUCUGAUUGGCAACUCAAACUCAGAAUAUCAUUUGCUAUUCAUCCUGAGCAACUUGCAUGGGAUUUUUUCCAAAAAUGUUGUAAUUGUUGCAGGAAUAAACAAGUUAAGGUCAUUUUUUUAUGCUUUAUUGUCUUGAGCACUGUUUUAGUAGAUAAUAAAGCAAUAUUAACCUGGAUAUUGGAUAUCAACCUCACCACUUUGCAGCUUGGUGAAUAUCAACCACCAGCCAACUUCACUCUUGUAAAUAGGUGUUAGUUAAUCAAGUUUUAUGGUCUUUUAAUGACCACAUAGGCAAAUGAUCUGUUCUUGACUUAUUAACUCUUUCUUGUUCUACCUUUGUUAUCUUUCUUGUUAGAUGAAUCAGACGGACACUACAAGAUCGAGCAAGCUAGCAUGUAUGACCCUUAUAUUCUGACCAUAUCUAAACUGGAGUAUAGCGACCGUGGAUUUUACUACUGUUGUCUUCCUACAAACUGCUCCAAAAAUGUAGACUAUAAGUGCCAGCGAUUCAUUCUUCGUGUCAGAGGUGAGGCUGUACUUUGAUUUUUUUACUUGCUGUAAUCCUUUAUACCCCAACAUCACUUCUCUAUGCAUUUCCUUUGGUACUGAGAAGGGCCUGUGUCUGAAAAUCAAGAAUCUCUUCAGUUGGUGAUCAUUUCUCUUAUUCUCAUGACGGUAAUGUUUGAUUCAGGGGUGAUGCUAUUAGGAGAAAUUACAUGUAGAUGUAUGUAGAUGAUAGUCACUCUGAGGGGUCAAAGUUUACAUGAACAUGUACAUGUAUGUCUUCAGAAUCAUCACUUUAUCUCGUACUGUACAUAUUGAAAUUUUCACAGUGAAGUUCUAUCAUUGGUGUCUCUGAUUGGAUGAAUGAUAUAGUUUCACAGUCAUUUGCUUCCAAUCUUUGAAAUGUGUCUGUCAGGAAGGAAAAUCUCAGCAUGUAUGAAAUAAAAACAUCAUACCAUGGGAAGUGCUCAAUUGAUUUUUAUUCAUGAGUUGCAAUGCAUCAAAAAACUCACUUGUUAGCUGUGCUCACUCAUUUGUUUUUUUUAAUGCAUUGCAGCUCUUGAAUAAAAAUUGUUGGUGUACACUUUCAUGGAACAAUCUCAAUGAUAGAUGCAUGGAAAUUUAGUAGCACGUACAAUUAAUGUUAUUAUUAUAGUUAUUUUUAGUAUUAUUAUAAUCAUAGUCCUUAUCACUAUCAUCAUCAAUAUUUAUAUUAUUUUGAUUGUUUUGAUUAUCAUUAGUAUUAUGGUUGCUGAAAUCUCUGUUGCUCUCAUUUGAUUCCAACUAUUACUGAAUGGUGGCAUACACUCUAUCUUAGCGUAGCAUAUUAUGUGACUUUGAAUUGUAUUAUGAGUAUCCACCAAUGGUGUUUGGUUCUGUUUCUUUUUUUGUAAUAGAUCGAUUGGGCCCUCUGUGGCCUGUUAUUGGUAUUAUUGUUGAGGCCCUUGUUCUCUUCUUAAUCAUCUUCAUUGCUGAAAAGAGAAAGAAGGACAAAGAGAAAGGUUUGUGAAACAGUAUCUAUUAUGAAUAGCUCAAAGGCGCCUCUAUGUAUUUCAAUUAAGCCUUCAUUUUUUCCGCCUUCCCCAUUGAAAAAAAAGACUCUUUAAGUUGUAAGUGGUAUUCGUUUUGUGUCACCAAAACUGCAUUGCAGCAGGGAAGAUACAAUUUAUUUGAACAUUUGUAUCAGAAAUUGUGAUUAGUUAUUGUUUAAUCUAAUUGAUCAACACACAAGCAAUAAGAAGGAAGAAAAAUAAUUAUUUACUAGUGGGUAUCGAUUGACUGAACAGCAAAUUUUCAGUGCUAAAAUUUUCAGAAAUGUAUGGUGGACUGUGAUGAGAAGUAAGCUUUAGAUGUUGGAAAUGAAAGAGUUGAAGUAUUACAGGUUUUUAAAAGUGUAUAUUGAAUAUUAAAUCUGGGCAACAAUGCUCAGGAAAAGGCAUAAAUUGUAUUUUAGCUUUCAGUAAGUUUCUAAAAAGACCUCUAGUGGGCAUGGUCCACAUGCAGUAUUAAAGUCUUUGUAAAAAUAUUCUUUAUUUUGAAUGAAGUUUACUUUACUAAGCACCCAUACAAGAGACUGUUGUAUCGUCACAUUGUACAUACAGUGUACAUAUUGAUAUAUGUAUACAUAUGUAUGCAAGUCACUAAUGUUUAGCUUUUCUCCUCUUUUUUCUUAAUUUACUGAUGCUGCACAUAAACAGCUGAAAAGUAAGUACACACAUUGUUUCUCUACGUACAAUUAACUUCUCUAAAUAUAUAGCUACUAUACAUAAAACUUGAAUUCUGUGCCACAAAUCGUUUUGAUUGACUCAUAUACUAAAGGCUCUUGACAUGAGAUGGCCCAUGUCUAUGGAGGGGUAGGAUAGGAGGGAAUGGGAACGAGUAUGGGGAUGGACAAGUGAUUUGAAAAAGACCAGUAUUCAUGUGUUGCUCUCAGAUUUUUCAUUUAACACCCAUCCACACCCACACUUGACCUAUUAUAUAACUGACUGCUCCUUCGUGAAUGUUAGAGCAUGCGGCUAUCAAGGUGCUAUCAGAGCAGUGGCUUGUUUAUGCUCAAGUUGGCGGAUUGGUGACCUUUAAUAGGAAAGUAUUCCCAAAGCAUUGAGAGUAUGAAAGUAACGAGAAAGUAGCAACGGUUCAUGAAAAUUUUAUGGAAAACGAGGCUUAUUGUGACAUCGUUGCGCUUAUGAGCUCUUGUACCUUCUCCGUUGCUUUUCCUUAACUGUGUAUUGUACAAUGUGUUGAUGCUGACAUCCAUUUCUCAAUCUUAAUUGCUGCAAACCUUUUAUGUAUUCCUUAGGGUUGAUGGUCGAAUGGAGUUCAGUUACAGCUCCACAGAUGACGGAAAUGGCACAAGGGGCCAAGUGCGCUUGCGUAAAGCGGGUGAAACCCCAGUUGCCUAGAACGUUUUACUGAUAUUGUACGUGUGUAGCCCAUCCUAGUCAUUUUUUUUUGGCUUUUCUUAUAGAGCUUUAAGAUAAAAAAGAAACUGCAAUUUUAUUUGAAAUACGUGUUUCUUAAAUGUUUUCACGAAAGCUGCCAUAUCAGUGCUGACGAAAGUUUGCUUUUUCAUCACUGCUAUAGGGCUUAAUGAAUCAGACACAUUUAGAGGUUUUGGGUUAAUUAGAACGAUGCUGAUUUUUCCAUUUUCGUGUAUAGUUAAGCGAAAAUAGUGAAAAUUUUAAUGACCGAUUAUUCAAAUGCCAGUCACGGGGGAAUACUCGGCGAGGAAGACAUGAAAGGAGAUCAGGAAGGAGGGAGAAAACAGAAAGAGGGUAUCAGACUAUCUCUCUCGUGUGCAACCUCUCUCCCUUCUUUCCCCCCCCCCUUCCCAUUUGCACCAGCCAAAUUGUUUUUUGAAUUAUCUAAAAUAAUCUUUUGUAUUUAAUUAUUUUGGCGUAAAAGGCAAUGAGGUCUUUAGUUUUAGAAAAAUCGACGUAAGUAUCGGCCUAUUAUCUGCAGAAUGAAUUACUGCGAAUGUAAGAAGUAUUGUUUGAUGAUAAUUUGUGGCAACCGUGUAACGUCGUACCAUUUAAAAUGACACCUACCAGGAAAUUCAAACAUCAAUGUGGCAUGUAUAUUUUUGUAGUUUGUAUUCAUUCUGGUGCCUUUUUCCCUUUUUGUUUUUUUUUUACGAGUUUGUGAGGUUUACGACAUCAGCAACUUGUCUCAUCAAUGGAGGCUUCCUUUAUAAUACACGAGCUGUAAGAAAUUUAUCAAAGCGAUGUCUAGAAGAUAUUGAACUUUAUUUUUAGGAAGGAGCGAUAUAGCUCCGUAGUUUUAUCACUAGGAGGUCAAUUUGAAGUAUGCAGUUUGUUACUUGAAACACAAUCAUAACCAAAGUCAUUGUAUUCUCUCGUUGAUAUUCUGCAGCAUCAUCUGAAAAAACAGUGGACCGGUUGUUAAUCUAACGGUUUUCCUUCGUUUAGCUUAAGCUUCAAUUUGGCCAAACGGUUUUUGAAAGCGUUCAUUUUUGUGAUCUGUGUCAACAAGGCUUAAAGUUAACCCUUUAACUUCCGAGAUCUUAUUAGUAAUUCUCCUUACAAUCUGCUAUACAGUUCUUGUGAUAUUAGUUUAGAGAAUUUGGGAUUGCAUUAACUUAUAAUCCUCUAAUCGAUACUUUUUCUUUAUUCUCAUCAUUAGUUUGCUUGAUAUUGUAUUGAUAUUGUAAGGAGAAAUUCUGUCUUGGUCACUCAUGGGAGUUAAGGGUUAACAGUGGAAAAACACCAUCAAACAUCCCACUCAAGGACAAAUCUUGAGGAACAGUGGUCGUUGAAAACCGUAAUAGGUGCAUUUAGUCCUUCACACCCUCACGUCGUGCUUAUUCUUCAUACUAUUUACUUUGUAUUAUUCAUGGCACUGACGCGGAGAGACUUUUUUACAAUCCAGAGCUUCAUUCAGUGGAAAUCAGUUUCGUUAUUCUCAUAACGGUAGUGUUUGAUCUCGAAGUAAUAUUGUAAGGGGAAAUAAGAUGUUCGUAACAUUUAAGGGUUGAAGGGUUUAAUAACCAGCCCAAUUUAUUUGCAAUUUUUGUGCCAGGGUGUCGAUGCACGAUGUCGGCGCACAUGUUACUCUGACUCACUCUUGAAGAAUUAAGUAAACAAUGAUAUUUAGACCGUGUUCAGCAGCUUUUUUUGCUGGAGCGCAAUCGCCGUCCUCUUGUCGCGCUUUUUCUGUGAUGCAACAUUAGUUUUGUACUGUUGUUUGACGGAGAAAGUGGAGCAAAAUUGGACUUCUUAUGAGUUACAUAUUUAGAGAAUGAUUUCUUUCAACUCGCUUGUAAAUGGCUUGAAACCUAAUCUAAUAAACAUUGAAAAUAUUCAGUGACUGUUUCUUCUUAGCGUAGACCUCAGCCCGUCAAGCAUGGAAUUGAGUGCACAGUGCGCGGAUUGAUCCAAUCAACGGAGUAUUAAACAUUUAAUUGUGUAUUGACCGAGAAUUUCGCUAUCUGGG